AACUUCACCACCACACAAAAAACACCACCUCUCUCUCUUCUCUCUCUCUAUCUCUUUAUUUUAUUUUUAUAAAUACUCACAUUCACAUUUAUAAGAACCGAUUUUGUUAGUCAUUCUCUAUAUUAAACUUUUCUCUCUCAUUCAUCCGCCACCCUCUUUUCUCAUUCUUCCUCUUCUACUGUUUCUCUCUCUAAAAAACCCAGGCUACACCUACUUUCUAUCUCUCUCUUCUCUCACAGCAGCUUGUUCGAGUGAUGGUGAAAGACGAGUGGAUGCGAGCGGCCAUGUCCGACGACACCCUCGUUGUGGAGCUUCUGGUUCGCCUCAAGCAGUCUCAGGCGGCGUCACCUCUCAAAUCUCAUCCUCAGCUGCCCACGAUGUUUCCGCUAACUUGGACUGUCAGGCUUCCUAGGUCGAGAGCACUCAGGUGCGACGGCGCCGUUUCGCAAAGGAAGCAAGCCGAUUCAACCAGAUGUAGUCCUACCACGCCGCUUUCCUGGAGCGGUGGCGCUUCCCCUUCAGCCACCGCCGAUGGCUUCGAAGAGUCCAGCCGUCCCGCCAACCGCUCCCCUUCUCACUCCAGAUCCAAGGGUACUGCUACAAAUAAUGAAUUGGGUAGCAAUACCAGUUCCAGCAGAAGAUCAAGACGCAAGAAGACAUUUGCUGAACUAAAAGAGGAGGAAAGUUCACUUCUCAAAGAAAGGGUGUAUUUGAGAAAGGAGUUAACAAAACUAAGGGCAACAUUCAAGGAACAGCGAUCUACAAAUGAAAGCUUGAAGAGGAUUAAGCUUGAGUUUGGUGAGAAUUCUGCAAAAUAUGUGGAUGCUGAUGGCCCCCUGAAGAGAGCAAUUUCCACUCGACCACACCAAAUAAUAGCCUCUACUUUUGGAGAUGUUUCUUCGAACUUGCCCAUUAAGGUGAUAGAUCAUGAUCAUCCAAGAUCAGAUUCUUCUGAUGCAUCAAAGGCUGUCUUGGACCGUGACAGUUUCUACUUCCUGCCAGAUCUGAAUUCAGUGCCAAACGAGCCAAACGAUGAAGACUUGUGUAUGGACAUGUUUAGUAGGAGCUGAUAACUCAUGUUUUGAUUAUUUAGCUUCUCCAAAUUUACAAGGUCUCUUAGCUCAAAUCCGUCAAAGUUUAAUGUAACAACACUGCAGAGGCCGAAAGCACACCACGUUAAGAAAUUGAACUAGUCUCUUCUUUAAGUUUCUAGAUGUUAUCCGAAGUCUUGGAACAUAGAAGGGCAUUGGCAGCCUAUCAAUCAUGGAGAAAGUUUGAGGGUCGAGUAGUGUAGUAUGCAAAACUUCUUCGAAGGUCCAGUUUACUACCCUCAGGUAUUCUUUGGGGUAAUCCCACAUAUUACGUCUUAUUGGAUUUAUGCAGACCGCUUGACCUAAUUGUAACAUUCUUUGUAGUUAAAAACAUUAGUUGGACGACUCCUUUACAGAAAUUCCGACUUUCUUAAAGGAAAACAAUAUUUUGGAAGCCAAAA